CAUGACGGGCGGACGGACAGAGUGACGGGCUGGGGCGCCGCUGCUCCGCACGGAUUAUUCGCCGCGCGCCGGGGGGGGACGCAGGAGACCACCGACCCAGCGACCCGCAGCGGGGCGGGGACGGCGCCGCGCCGCGCUGCCAGGAGGGUCCCCAGCCCCCGCCGGCGGACGGUGAGCGCGUCGGGCGCUGGAGGAGCCCGGCCAGGUUAGUUUAUUGACCGUGAGGAACCACGGACACUUUGUGCCCUGAUGGGGGACUCAGGAUCCAGACGAUCGACUCUAGUAUCUCGGUUGCCAAUAUUCAGGAGAAGUGUUAGCCGGAGACACGACUCCCUUCCUUCCUCUCCUUCUUCUGCUAAUGCCAUCGGUGCCCACACUUCCUCUCCAUCCAGCACAAACUCCAGCUCAGGGAGCACAGGAAAGCGCCGGAGUAUUUUCCGCACUCCUUCCAUUAGCUUCCAUAACAAGAAAGGGAGUGAGCAGAAGCAGGACUCAGCUAAUCAAAAUGUUAACAUCUCAAAUGGUGCCCAGUCCUCUCUCAGCACUUUUCAAAAACUCAGCUUAGAGGAGCACAUAAAAAGCAGAGGAAGACAUUCAGUUGGCUUUGGCAGCUCACGUAGCAAGAAGAUAACAAGGUCUUUAACAGAUGAUUUUGAAAAGGGAAAGGAACCCUCAGCUAAUAAAAAUGUCUUCAUAAAUUGCAUAAGCUCUGGGAAGAAUGAGGGUGAUGAUUCGGGCUUUGCGGAGGAGCAGAGCCGAUAUUCUGUCAAACAGUCCACACGAAAACUUCUCACUAAAUCUUUUUCAUCACACUACAGAUUUUCCAAACCAGUUCCAGAGAGUCAGUCAGUUUCCUCUGUGCAGCAGUCCAGGUGCUUGCUGGAAGUUAAAUCCUAUGUGGAAAGCGAACCUGUGAUUGCCAAGUCCUCUCCUCCAUGCUCAGCCGAGACAACAGAGUGCAUGGGAAGCUCUUUGCAGUCCCCUCUGCUCUCAGCUGACCUCACAGCUGCCCAGACCCCCUCUGACUUUGUUGCCCUGACGGAGGAUUCUGUUUCAGAGGUUGAUGGUCUGCCCAGCAGUGGGCCUGGUGCACUGCUCGCAGAGGAUUUUGGCCAUGAUGUCUCUACCUCUCAUGUCUUCUUUAAUCCUGAUGCUGCUCCUGCAAGGGAAAUGGAUUUUGUGGAAAGUACUGUCCAUUCUGCUGGUGUAUCUCCUGCGAGUCACGCGAGCUCGUGUACUGUCGGAUCUAAUACCUUAUUCAAAACCUCAGCUGCUAAUCAAGCAAAAGUACUGUUACAAGCCAAUGGACUGCAUAUUAAUGAUGCCAGGCACAUAGAAAAAAUUCAUGUGGACAAUGCACAUUUAGAAACCUUUGUGUUACAGCAUAGUGAAGAACCAGUGAUACUCUCUCCAAAGGCACGAGGGUUGACUGGGGACAGAGAUGAAAGAACGCCGUCCAAGCACAUGAGAGACCCAAUUUCUGUAACGGAGUCUAAGAACGUUCCAUGUUCUGAACCUCAGUCCUUUAAAACACAGCAGGGUUAUGAAAUGAACAAUCCUAAAGUUGAUCUUGCCAAUAGCUUCAGUCCAUGCCGGGAAGGCAGAUUUGUUGAGAAGCGGUUGAGAUCCUCUUCGGAAGGUACUGCUGGAGGCAGUCGGCUGAUCAUAAAACCAAAGGAUGGAAAUGCGGAGGAGCUGAACAGCCUACGGAAGCAGAGGGCAAGCUCGUCCUCUUCAAAAAUGAACAGCAUGGAUGUUUUGAAUAACUUGGGUUCCUGUGAGUUGGAUGAAGAUGACCUAAUGCUUGACUUGGAGUUCCUAGAAGAACAACAUCACCAUCGUUCUGUUUGCCGGGAAGACUCGUACCAGUCAAUAGUCUCAUGUGCUGCUGUAGUACUUACGCCUGUAGAGCCAACGGUGGAUACAAGGAAAAAAGAACAGACGAUAAUGCCGGAUGUGUCCAAACAGAAUCUAUCUCUGAAGCUGUCAAAGGAGGUAGACCAAGCAGAAGCCAGGUACCCUCGUGUUAGCCAGCUGGCUGGCAGCCCAUCCAUGGAGUGGCCUUUCACCGGUCUAGAAGAAGGUGGAGGCAUUGAAUCUUUGCCCUUCAGAUUGAUGCUGCAAGACUGCACAGCUGUAAAGACAUUGCUUCUGAAAAUGAAGAGGGUUCUUCAAGAGAGUACAGACAUGAGUCCAGCUAGUAGUACCACCUCACUCCCUGUUAGCCCUCUCCCUGAGGAGCCAUUAUUUUUCAAGGAUGGAAUAAAAGAUGAAUGCUCGGUACUGAAGCUGCAGCUGACGGAGAGAGAUGAACUCAUAGCCCAACUUCGUGAGGAGCUGGAAAAGGCUCAGUGCUUUCAGAAGGCUCUUCCUUCCCAAGCAGAUAAAUCCACGCAGACAGAACUUGUAUGCCAUGAUGGCACAGCAUUUGGAAGUGCUCCUGUACCUUCUCGCAGGCAAUUAUACUACAUAUCCAAUCAGAAUGGUGAGCCAAAAUCUCAGCACAAGGGACAGAAAGUCAGCACAUACUCCCACCGAGGACCCUUUUAGACACCCGUCAGGCAACCAAGCAGCAGCCUAUGAAAGCAAGAGCUGUCAGCUGUCUAAUUUGUGUCUGAGUAACCUGCUAAAAGAGAAGGAGAUCGUGGAAGUCAUCAAGCAUACUAG